AGACACCUUCACCGGGAGAGCACCAGACAGGGUCGCUUCUUUCUUCCCUCACCUCCCUUUCUGUUUUUGACGGUUGACCCUGUUCUUCUCUCUUAUUAUCUCUCUAGCUUCUCCGAGUCCCAGUAUUAAUCGCCAAGAUGGUUGGAAUUGGUCCUAAGCAGCCGCCUUCCCGCAAGGGAUCGAUGACCGAUGUGCCGAAGAACCUCUUGCAGACGAUCAAGGACUUUGAGGGUCAAUUCACUGUGGAUACAAAGAAACUCAAGGAGAUUGUGGACCACUUCGUCAAGGAGCUUGAGAAGGGCCUCAGUGUCGAGGGUGGAAAUAUCCCGAUGAACGUUACCUGGGUUAUGGGCUUUCCCAAUGGUGACGAACAGGGCACCUUCCUUGCUUUGGACAUGGGCGGCACCAACCUACGUGUUUGUGAGAUCUCUUUGACGGAGGAACAGGGUGGAUUUGAUAUUACACAAUCAAAGUAUCGCAUUCCCGAAGAGCUCAAGACGGGCACCGCAGAGGAGCUGUGGGAGUACAUUGCCGACUGCCUGCAGCAGUUUAUCGAGUACCACCACGGAGAAGAGAACCUCGCAAAGCUGCCUCUGGGGUUCACCUUCUCGUACCCUGCAACUCAGGAGUAUAUCGAUCACGGUGUUCUCCAACGCUGGACCAAGGGUUUCGAUAUUGAAGGUGUCGAGGGUGAGGAUGUUGUUCCUCCCCUGGAGAACAUCCUCAAGCAGAGGGGCCUUCCUAUCAAGAUCGCUGCUCUGAUCAACGACACCACUGGUACUCUGAUUGCCUCUGCCUAUACCGACCCUCUGAUGAGGAUUGGCUGCAUUUUCGGCACGGGUGUCAAUGCCGCGUAUAUGGAGAACGUCGGAUCCGUCCCUAAGAUUGCCCAUAUGAACCUGCCCCCGGACAUGCCCAUCGCCAUCAACUGCGAGUAUGGUGCCUUUGAUAACGAGCACGUUGUUCUCCCCCUUACCAAGUACGACCACAUCAUUGACCGUGACUCUCCUCGCCCCGGUCAGCAGGCCUUCGAAAAGAUGACCGCUGGGUUGUACCUGGGCGAAAUCUUCCGUCUGGCGCUGGUGGACCUUCUUGACAACAGACCCGGCCUGAUUUUCGAGAAACAGGACACGUCCAAGUUACGCAAGCCCUACCUCCUGGACUCGUCCUUCCCGGCUGCCAUCGAACAGGAUCCCUACGAGAACUUGCAGGAUACGGAGGAACUGUUUGAGCGCGUGCUCAACAUCAAGCCUACACCCGCUGAGCUGGAGUUGAUCCGUCGCCUGGCCGAGCUGAUCGGUACACGUGCUGCACGCCUCUCUGCCUGCGGUGUGGCCGCCAUCUGCAAGAAGAAGAACAUCACCUCAUGCCAUGUUGGCGCCGACGGUUCCGUCUUCACCAAGUACCCCCACUUCAAGGCCCGCGGUGCCCAGGCGCUCCGCGAGAUUCUGGACUGGGCCCCGAAUGAAAAGGACAAGGUCACCAUCCAGGCCGCUGAGGACGGUUCCGGUGUCGGUGCCGCGCUUAUUGCGGCCUUGACCCUCAACCGUGUCAAGGCGGGCAACCUGGCGGGUAUCCGCAACAUGAACGACAUGAAGACGCUUCUUUAGAAGCUACGAAUCUGCAAAAAAAAGAACAACGACAUGCGAUGGGAUUUUUUUUUUCUUAUUUAGUCUACCAACUGCCUGCAUAUGGGCGAUUUUGAAUUGUGAUUUUUUGAUCCUCCCCUCUGACCAUUCUGGGACGGACAGUCGGUGGUUUUC